AUGGUCCAGUGGCCCAGGCAGCUCCUGUCCUCAGUCGGCCUGUGUCGUUAUGGGACGAGGAUCGACUGCUGCUGGGGCUGGGCCCGCCAGUCCUGGGGACAAUGUCAGCCGGUGUGCCACCCCCAGUGCAAGCACGGUGAAUGCAUCGGCCCCAACAAGUGCAAGUGUCACCCUGGAUAUGCUGGCAAAACCUGCAGCCAAGAUCUCAAUGAGUGUGGCCUGAAGCCGAGGCCCUGCAAGCACCGCUGCAUGAACACCUUCGGCAGCUUCAAGUGCUACUGUCUCAACGGCUACAUGCUGAUGCCCGAUGGCUCCUGCUCCAGUACCCUGUUGUGCUCCAUGGCAAAUUGUCAGUAUGGCUGCGAUGUGGUCAAAGGGCAGGUGAAAUGCCAGUGCCCCUCACCUGGCCUACAGUUGGCACCCGACAGCAGGACCUGUGUGGAUGUGGAUGAAUGCGUGACUGGGGCCGCCACCUGCCCAAGGUUUCGACAGUGCGUCAACACAUUUGGGAGUUACAUCUGCAAGUGCCAUGAGGGCUUUGACCUCAUGUACAUCAGCGGCAAGUACCAGUGUCAUGACAUAGAUGAGUGUUCCCAGGGGCAGCCUCCGUGCAGCAGCUUCUCCUGGUGCCAGAACACGUACGGCUCCUACAGGUGCCGGUGUAAAGAGGGCUACGAGGGUGAUGGCCAGACCUGUGUGCAUGUUCCAAAAGUCAUGAUUGAACCUUCUGGUCCAGUUCACAUACCGAAGAGAAAUGAGAGCAUUCCCGAGGGAGAUGGAGGAUACAGUAAUCAGAUUCCUGACAUCAGGGCCACACGGUGGCCCCCCCAGACACCCUAUAUCCCUCCUACCACGCCCAGUGACCCCACUGUUGUGUCAACCAUAAGACCAACCUCAGAGCCGAUCCCAUGGCCCACUCCACCCCCUCUCCCACCCCCGGAACCCCGAACCCCGCUGCCGCCAUCUCCUCCAAGUCCUGGGCCCACCAACAGCUGGACCAGCACAGCUCCAGCCACCACAGCUUCAACGUGGUCCACGAUUGACAACAGGAUCCAGACAGAGCCGCAGAAGCCUCGGGGAGAUGUAUUCAUUCCCCGGCAGCCAUCCAAUGACCUGUUCGAAAUAUUUGAGAUCGAGCGAGGGAUCAGCGCGGACGAGGAAGCCAAGGAUGACCCAGGCGCCCUGGUUCACAGCUGUGAUUUUGACCACGGGCUUUGUGGAUGGAUCCGGGAAAGAAACAGUGACGCACACUGGGAGCUGACUCGUGACCCAGCAGGUGGCCAGUACCUAGCUGUGUCUGCAGCCAAAAGCCUUGGGGGCAGGGCCGCUCGCCUGGUGCUCCCACUGGGCCGCCUGCACCCCGGGGCUGCUUUCUGCCUGUCCUUCAGACACAAGGUGGCGGGGCCAUUCUCAGGCACCCUCCAGGUGUUUGUAAGAAAGCACCGGGUCCCAGGAGCUGCUGUGUGGGGCCGAGCCAGUGGCCAGGGCUGGAGGCACACACAAGUCACCCUUCGAGGGGCCGACAUCAAGAGCGUCAUCUUCAGAGGGGAGAGAAGGCUCGGCCAUGCAGGGGAGGUGGCCCUGGACGAUGUGCACCUCAGCAGAGGCCCCUGCUCUGAGGCCCGCGGGCAGCACCACAUGUAGUCGGAGUCUCCUUGGGGUCCUCGUCUCCCCCACCAUCACCUCGACACCCUGAGCAGGCCUACCGGGGCUGGGGAUGGGAGGCAGAGUCCGGUCGGUGUCCCCCAAGCCUGCCUGCUUCUGUGCAAGUCUGUCAGAGGACUCUCAACUGUCCCUACACCCGCUGGCGGGGGGACCCACCACCAAGGCCCUGUGCCUUCCUCACAGACUACCAGAGGCAUGAUUCUUCUUCAUGCUCUGAGCUUCACCACUGGUGUCCACAUCACCUUGUCACUGAGACAAGAACAUGUCUCAAGACAAGAACACCGAGACAUGUUCUGUGUCCAUCUAUCUCCCCAACUCUAGUUAUUGUGAGGGGAGGCAGUCAUGAUUCUGGAAAAAGUGCUGUGGGGCUGCUGGAUUGUGCAUUAGGAACAAAACUUUGGUAUGGGUAGGGCAGAGGGGGUGAGGGAAGAGGGAGAAGGACCCAGAAGAGGAUACAGGGCAUGGGAAAGGCUGCACCCAAGGGGCCCCUUGGGACCACUCCAUGGCUCAGUGUUCCAUGCUGGUGCGCAGCUUUGGACAGGUGGGAGCAAGCAAGCAGGGCCCUUCAACCUCAACCCCUAACACUGCUUAUUUCACCUUCUGCCAAAGAAGCAUUGCUCUGUUCAUUCCUUGCCCAGCAAUCCCACUCUGCAGCUCUCCCCACGUCUGUCUGGAAAUCUAGGAUGGUCAAAGGGCUAGGAAAGGUGCAGGAAAUGGGGUGAUUCUGUCCCCAGAAGAGAUGCCAGGGAGCCACCCUGAUGUCUGGAUAGCUAAAGUGGAGAGUGAAGUGGUGGGCUGCCCCCCCAUCCCAUGGCUCCAAGA